UAUAUAUGGGUACCUCUGCUCUGCAUGACUGCAUCCCAUGAGUCUCAAAACAAAAACAACCAAACAUUUCCAUCCUACUCCUAUAUCCUAACUAUAAUUUUGGCACAUAUAACUUCUCAACAUACCACUAUAUAUAAAGCCAUGAUUAUGAAGCCCUAUUUGAACAUCACCAUUCUCUCUUUCUCCACCCUAAUAAUAAUCCUGAGUUCCUGCCCAAACCUUUGUUUCUCCAUCCAAGAAAUCACCUCACUAAACCCAAAUGACAGCUACUCACAAAUCUACAACAUUUCGAAACAACUUUGUUGGGGUUGCAUGGGUGAAGCCAUUGAGUUCCUAGCUAAGCACAACUUGGUUCGAGCUCGAAAGCUGGAGCUUCCGCUUGUUUGGGACUCAAAACUGGAGAAAUACGCCAAGUGGUGGGCUGGCCAAAGGUAUCCAGAUUGUAAGCUUCAGCACUCUUUCCCGGAAGGCGGUUUCGAGCUAGGGGAGAACAUCUUUUGGGGAAGUGGAUCACAAUGGAGACCUACGGAUGCUGUUCAGGAUUGGGCAGAUGAAGAAAAAUAUUAUGAUUAUGGAUCAAAUAGUUGUGUUCAAGGGGAAAUGUGUGGCCAUUAUACCCAAAUUGUUUGGAGCAGAACAACCAGUGUUGGCUGUGCUAGAGUUGUUUGUCAAGAUGGUGAUGUCUUUAUCACUUGUAAUUAUUAUCCUCCUGGAAAUUAUGUGGGUGAGAGACCUUAUUAAUCUUAAUACUUUAAUUACUUCUAUAAAUGACCUACUAAGCUCAUUCAGAAUUUGGCUUAUAAAUGUGAAAUAUUAUUUGAUGUUUCAUACGUUACUACAUUUAGAAUUACGUGAGAAUUAAUAGAGAGUAUGUAUAUAAUAUAUUAUUAUUGUUGUAUUUUAGUAGCCAGCAGAAUUAUUAUUCUUGCUUCUUCUAAGAUUAUUGGGAGUGAUUUAUGAUUACGAAAUGUUAGCACAUGAAGUCUAAGUGUACUAUUAUGUAUUUUAAUUAUUUGGGGGUAGCAAAUGUACUAUAUAUAGAUGUAUUAUUAUAUGAACUCAAUGAUUGUAGA